GUUAUUGUCUUUUUUUCUUCAUUCGGUUUUUAGGGUUACAAAUUCCUAUACACUAUAUGACACGUCACUUUCCAUUUUUGUUUCAUCAAACCUAUAAUGUCUAACUCAAAACUUCUUUUCGAUUCUGUUUCCGCUAAAGUAUCUCCAACAAAUAUUUUAUGUGAAUUGUCCUUGCUCUGUGUCUCAACAAUUCUAACUAACACAAAUCAAGUCCUAUAAAAUCACUGAUUCGCGACGCUGCAUUUCAGUCAAGAGAAAAUAUCCAUUUGAAGAAGAAAGUAACGGUGUGGGGAAGUGGGGAAGAAGAAAGCUACCACCUGUUUGAUGGAUUGCCCCAAUCAACAAUUUUGUUUAGAAUUGAAGCUAGAAGAAAACCUGAUGCAGUAUCAUUGGCGAAAGGAUUAUUAUUGUCCAUUCAAGGAUUGCUCGGCUUUGUUGGUGAAUGAUGGGAAACAAGAUGUUACUAGUGCAGAGUGUCCUGAGUGUCAUAGGCUGUUUUGUGCACAAUGCAAGGUUCCUUGGCAUGGAGGAAUCGACUGUGACGAUUUCCAACACCAACAAAAAGUUCGAAAUUACAAGGAGGUGAUGAAGAAGGAGAAGGGGAAAGCAGCUGUCGUCGAGUUUGAGACGAGUAAUGAGAAUCCUCCACAGUCACCAAAGUUCUUUUGUGGUAUAUGUUAUGAUUUCAUUAUAGAGUCUCCUAUUGUUAGAGGAAGUGCCACUUGCAAUCACCCUUUUUGUGCCAAUUGUAUAUCCAAUCAUGUGGCUGCACAACUAAGCCAGAAUAUAAUGGAGGUUACUUGCCCAAAUUCAAGCUGUUUCCAGGGGCUGAAGCCACAUCAUUUGCAACAUAUUUUACCCCAAGAAGUUGUUGUUCGAUGGGCAUUCGAAAGGUUCUACAUUGCUAGGUAACAAGAUGAACUAAAUAAAAUUGUAUAAAAUUAAACAUGAGUCCAAAUGGUCAAGAUCUGAUAAAAAUUUAAGACAAAAUCUCAAGCUUAUGAUGGACCAUCAUACUGGAAACAUAUGAUUUUUACCCAUUCUUUUAUCAGAAGUCUGUUUAAGGGUAAAAAAAUUGAUUUUUAUAUUGUUAAAACAUUAUUUGUAAUAUGUCUUGAUUGCUUUGCAAUAUGCCGGGAAAACAAGUUAGCCAGGAGAAAACCAAUAUUUUCUUCUCUAAGAAUGUUGGGUGUGGGAUGCUUGAUUGUUCAAUACAUGUGUGUGGGUUCAGAGAGCCGCAGAGCACUGAAAAAUACUACGGUAUGGCUUUAACUGGUAGAGCACCGAAGGAGCAGACUAUCAACAUCUAAUUGAGUAAGUUAGCGCUGAGCUAUCAGCUUAGAAAGUGAAGCAUUUGUCUUUUGUGGGGAGGCUGACUUUAGCAAAAAGAGUUUUGGAAAGUGAGUAUUGCAAAGAUGAGUUGGAAGCCUAAAUCCAGGGAUAGUGAUAUAUGGUGUCAAGUCUUGAGAGGGAAAUAUAGGUGGAAUGGUAUCAAUGAUGAGGUUAGUACUAGACAAACUGAUUCUAGCCUUUGGAAGGCUAUAGUUAAGAUUUGGCCUAAAUUGAAUGAGAUUUGUUAUUGGUCUUUGGGUGAUGGUAAGAGUGUUGAUGUUUGGGAUAGUAUGUGACUUGCCUUUGGCGUGCGAAUAUGAACCGUAAUAUUCCGGAUGCUUUAAGGAAUGUUAAAGUCUGAUUUGGUGGAUGAUCAUGGAGGUUUGAAGUGGACAAUGUUGAGCAGCUGGCUGCCUCCUCCUCAGAUUAUGCAGAAACUUUUGCAGUUUUGCCCCCAGACAAAAAUUGGGUUGAGGACAAAUUGAUGGUACAACUGGACAUGAUGAACUAUUUCCUGUGGCUGUCAUGUACCAUAAGCUGUGCAACUUUCAGAUGGACACUGCUGCUUUGGGUUGGAAGCAGAUGUGGAGGUUAAAGGUGCCGCAACUAGUGAAAUGUUUUAUAUGGCUGAUGCGGGAUGACAGAAUCUUGACGAAUUUUAUGAGAAAUCGUAUGGGGUUGGGAAGCUCUAUGUGCCGGUACUUGGCAGUACCAUUGAGACCACUUUGCAUGUUAAGUGGGGAUUGUCCACAUGUUAUGCUGCAUGGCUCAAUUUAGUGAAUAUGAGUGUUAGAGAUGAUUUUUAUUCAAAUGACUUGCAAUAAGAGGAGAGGAAGUUGCAGCGGGAUGUCCUUGAUCGUAAGGAUUUGGCGGUUGCUAGAGUUUGUGUGGGAGGUUGUUGUUAAGUAUUCCUAUCGCGAAGCAAACCAAUGUGCAGACAUGAUUGUAAAUUAUGUGCGUUUUAUAUUUAGGGUUUAGAGAAUAAACAUCUUAGUUGUAGGGUUUGUUUUAGGGCCAAAUAUGUCCAUAA